AUGAAGAGGCAAAACGUGAGGACCCUCGCCCUCAUCAUCUGCACCUUCACCUACCUGAUAGUGGGCGCCGCGAUCUUCGACGCGCUGGAAUCCCAGGAGGAAACGACCCAGAAGGUAAAGCUGGACAAGAAGAAACUGGAUCUGCUCAUGGCGUUCAACUUGUCCACGGAGGACUUUGACGAGCUGGAGAAGGUGGUGCUGCAGCUGAAGCCUCAUAAAGCCGGGGUGCAGUGGAAAUUCGCCGGCUCCUUUUACUUCGCCAUCACUGUGAUCACGACCAUAGGAUAUGGCCAUGCAGCCCCCAGCACAGAUGGAGGGAAGGCGUUCUGUAUGCUCUACGCCCUCCUGGGCAUCCCUCUCACCUUGGUCAUGUUCCAGAGUGUGGGUGAGCGGAUCAACACCUUUGUCAGGUACCUGCUCCACCGCUUGAAGAAGUGCCUUGGCAUGAGGCAUAGUGAGGUCUCUAUGGUCAACAUGGUGAUCAUCGGUUUCAUAUCCUGCAUGAGCACACUGUGCGUAGGGGCGCUGGCCUUCUCCUACUUCGAAGGAUGGAGCUUCUUUCAUGCCUACUACUACUGCUUCAUCACGCUCACCACCAUCGGCUUUGGGGACUAUGUGGCACUGCAGAGCGAGCACGCUCUGCAGACCAAGCCGGACUACGUGGCCUUCAGCUUCAUUUACAUCCUGACGGGUCUGGCUGUGAUAGGAGCCUUCCUCAACUUAGCAGUGCUGCGCUUCAUGACCAUGAACGCUGAGGACGAGAAGAGGGAUGCAGAGCAGAGGGCUCUCCUCGCUCAUAACGGUCAGGCAGGCGGACACAUUAACUGCUCUGUUGACCCGGCCUCCUCCUCUUCCACUCCGACGGGAUGCGGUGGAGGAAAUGCAGUGGGAGGUAGUGGGGGAGGAGCAGCGAGCCGAGGUCUGCGUAACGUUUACGCUGAGGUACUCCACUUCCAGUCCAUGUGCUCCUGCCUUUGGUACAAGAGUAGAGAGAAACUGCAAUACUCCAUACCCAUGAUCAUCUCACGUGACCUCUCCACCUCGGACACCUACAUGGAGCAGGGAGAGGCUUUUUCCAACCCCCUCCACUCUAAUGGCUGCGUGUGCAGCCUGCAGCGUCACUCCGGCAUCAGUUCGGUUUCCACCGGUCUACACAGCAUCAACACCUACAGAAGACUCAAUAAACGCAGAAGCUCCAUCUGAACCAGGAGGACUUCAUGCUUUGAGGUCAAGUCCCACUUGCAUCAGUCAUGUGGAGAGGGAGUGCCCUCCUACUGUGCUACUAGAUUAGCCGUGGACAUCAGGAAACACAAGUCCAGACCUAAAGAAAAGCAGUGCUCCUGAUGUUUGCUUCUUUCUGGCACUGAAGAGCCUGGUGCUGCAGUCUCCAGACUGAAGCCAUGUAUUUAAUUUCCAUUAGCUAAGCACAAACCAUUUAGGACUAACAUCACUGCUGAUGCCACUGAGAAAUAAUGCUAAUGGUUGGUUAAGAAGCAUUCGAAACAUAAACUCUGAAAUGGUUUCUGUCACAGAAAAAAAAAACAUGCAGUUUUCUGUGCACCUUUGAAUUCUAACAUUACAAACUAAUAAUAUUAAAUUCAGCUAUUUCUUUGUUCAUAAGACGGAAGUUAAUGUUGUAAUAUGAAAAGGGACAAAAUACACUGUGAGACAUGUUUUUAAGAGGGAUCGAGGGUGAAUAUUAACUGUAUAUAAUGCCCCGUUAAGAAAUAUUUUAUUGAAUAGCCUUAUCUGAAAUCCACUUUUUUCAAAAAAGACUUUCCAAAAGGAAUCUUUGGUUGUAAGUAUUAUACUCACUUCAAAAUGUGUAUAUAUUUGGACACUUCACUAGCAGGUGUUACUGAGGGAAAACCUAUUUUUUCAGUGAAAGUUUUCAAAAAUAAUCUCAGUGUCUUCUCCUGUGUGUCGGUAACUAAAGUUCAGGUCCAAGCCAAACUUUCUGAUCUGCUUUAUGUGUUUUCCUUGCAUUAGAAGAAUCUUGUUACAGGCAUUUGAGAAUGAGCACUUAGAAAAAAGCAAAUCUGGCUUAAAUGUCUUGCUCAUGAACAGGACAUUUGUGGCUGUUGUGGGAAUCAGACCCAGAGACAGCGUCUCUAACCACUACGCUCCCCCUGCUGCUCCUUUCAGACCUUACUGUAUUUUUGUACAACUCACUAUGAAUUUAUUUUUCAUAGUUCCUGCCUGUACAUCAGACCAUUUUAUGUACUUGUUGCUCGUCAUAAUAUUAUGUUUUUCAUAUAGCACAACUAUAUUCCGGUCUGUUUAACUUAGAGCAUGUAAGCUCACUUUGUGCAUAGUAGAAACUCUUUUCUUAUUCACUGCUGCACCUUAGAAAACUGUUGUAUAUGCUUUAGGACACUGGAAUUCAGUGCACUAUUUUAUUUUAUUGUAUUUUAUUUUAUUUUUUUAAUGGAAUCACGUUAUGUUUUGUUAUGGAAAUGAUAUGCCCUAAUUAAUUCUUUCUUCUGUUAUUAGUCUGAGAUAUUUGAAUUAUUACUCUGUGUUGUGGGUGAUUCAGAAUAAUAUCAGUACACCUCACUAAUAAAUGGCCUCAGAGUUUGCACCUCAUGCACUUAGGGGGGUAUUUGCUCCAACCUCAAAUAACACACUUGAUUCAGCCAACUGAGGUCUUUAUGCAGUGUUUAUUUUGUUUUUUUUUUUACUCUAAAGGAGUUAUCUUACAUAAUCAUUAUUUUAUUUUAUUUCUUUAGUUAAACUUUAUGAUGUCUCAAUUUGUUAGUCAUAUCCAGUGGCAGUUCUACAUUGAAUUACUCCCUGGGCAAAAAUAUACACAAUCACACAUAA